AGGCAGAGAGGACGGAGAGGAGAGCUGGAAGAGAGAGACACCGGCAGGUGCUGAGGAUAGGAAGAAUCAAACAGAGGGUGCAGAACAGGACGGUGUAAAGUGUGCUAAAAGAGAGGAGUAAAGGAGGGGAUAUAGUCAGAGAAACUCAAAACAUCUGCUUCAUUUCUUUGGAUGUAGUUGGAGCCUACUUAUUUAAAAUUUUCAACCACCUCUGUUCUCUUUUGCGCAAAUCUCUUUUUCUUGUUCAUUCCUUCCUUCUUUCUUUGCAAAUCUCCAAUAAAUACUGCCACCAUGGAAACUGGGAGCCCAAGGAAAAUACAAUUUACCGUUCCCCUGCUGGACACCCACCUGGACCCAGAGGCAGCUGAACAAAUCAGAAGACGCAGACCGACACCUGCCACAUUGGUGGCAUCCAGUGAUCAAUCAUCACCAGAAAUAGACGAAGAUCGCCUCUCAAACCAUUUGUACAAGGCAGCAUUGCUGAACUCCCCUCGACAACGGCGAAAAGGACAGAAGGGAACACCUACGAUGAAAGAGCUGCAGUUCAUGGUGGAGCACCACCUGUACCGGCAGCAGCAGGGAGCCGGGGACGAAUGCUCCUCGGAGAGCUGCUUAUCCGACAGACCCAGCCCUGACUCUGUUCCCGCCGGAGAGGAGCUCCCACACGAUGACGAGGCCACUGCAGAGGCCUUUGAGAAGCUACGCUGCCAAAUGGAGGAGUUUUCAAGGGAAAGUCUAUCCGAAGCUGCCGGUGGACUGGAGUGCCCACUCCCUAAGGAGAAAGAGGAUUGUCCCACUGUUGCCGGUGAUGCAGAUCCCUCAUCACAACAAAGGAAUACGCAACCAGACACAAAAGCAGGAACUUCCAGUGAAAAUCAGCCGGCAGAGAAGACAAAGAAAAGCAGCCCGGAGAAAGAGAAAUAGAGCGGCGUCUGUUCAGCGUUACGUCUACAGUCUGCCCACUCAGCCCGACUCAGAGACAAAAGAUUGUGUCUGCAGAUUCACUUUUUAGAAACAUCAGGGCAUCUAUAUUCCUUAUUACAGUCAGGCCUUAGUUCCCACCUUGAAGAACAAAUAUUUUUACAUUAAUUUUGUGAGAAAAAUUCUGUGUAAGAAGACGAUUAUUUUACCUUUUUUCUUUUCCUUUUAGCUCGGCCACUGAUCUAAAACUAGCCUACUGUAUGAGUGAACCUGGGAAAGUCUUUUCCUGUGCCAGACACACAAUCGUUAUCAUGCACUUCUGCAUACUUAACGCCCCCUUUAGUGACCAAAGGCAACAAAUAUACACAACCCAUUUUAAAAGGUUUUUAUCGUUAAACAUGUGCCAUGACUUCAGCAAUUCUAGUUCCAUCUCAAAGCAAUAAAAGUCCAUCCAUCCAUCCAUCCAUCUAUUCAUCCAUUAAUUUUCUGCUUCUUAUUUGGAUCUGGGAUAGGGUACUGGGGACAACAGAGUUAGGUCCUGUCCCAAUACUACCACUACCCCUAGUUUUCAUCCCUACCCCUAAAUUUUUACGUUCCCGUGAGGGUAGUGGUGUUCCGAUUCCUCUUUUCACCUAGGGGUAGUGGAGAAAAGUAGUGUAGUGGCUAUGAAUCUGUCCCUACGGAUCGAGGGAUUUCGGAUGCUCACUAGCUGAUCUAGGGCCAGAAAAAUUUCCCAGAAUGCUUUUCGUCGUCAUUUGCGGACUGAAUCAAAAAAGUUAGUUUCUGCAUAAAAAUGCGUUUUGAUUACAUUUCCAGCGAGAAAUAUAUAUUUUACUUUCAUAAUAUUCACUCAGUGAAUGUACAUAAUCACUAGUUUGCCCGUUGUUGCGAAGUCUUUUUCAAACCUCGCCAGAAUAAAGGCUGAUUUAUGGUUCCGCAUUACACCAACGCAGAGCCUACGGCGUAGGGAGCCGUACGCUACGCCGUAGGCUCUGCAUCGAUUUAACGCGGAACCAUAAAUCAGCUCCGGAGCCGGCAGGCAGAAAUCUCGAAAUUUUCGGAGCAAAUUUCUUAACAGGCGUAGCUACAACUGUUAGAUUUCAUCUAUUAAACCGACAUUUAUCUUCCUAAAUGAUUUAUUUCAGCCAGCUGUAAUUCUCCACAGAGCUGCAGGUUUCUCCCCGGACCGGCGGCUCUUAUCAUCUCCGAAAACAUCGGGUCAAAUUUCUUAACAGGUGUUAUUUGGAUAAACUGAGCCCAGGUUGGGGAUCUUAACGGUUACUUUUACGCCUGAAAAAAUAUUAAAACUUAAUAAAGUGGCAUAUUAACAGCGCUACAGCUGAAAUUAAAACAGCUUUUGGCUCUCAGCUUCCUGAUUUUAAGGGUGGUGCUGAAAGUAGGAGUAGUGGGAGUAUUGGGACAGGGAACAGGGAAGAUUUUUUUUAGGGGUAGUGACAGAAAGUAGGGGGUGUAUUGGGAUUGGGCCUAAGUAGAUAUCCUUAGCCACUUCCAGUAGCUCUAUCAUGGAGACACUGAAGCGUUCCCAAACCAACUUUAACAUGUAAUCAUUCCAGCAUAUCCUGGGUUAAGGCCUCUUUCUGAUAAGAAACGUCUAAAAUACCUCUCCUGGUACAGUAGGCUUGCUGACAAGAUGUCCAAACCUCAAUGGAUUAUUUGAGCGUUAUAGUAGUCUGGAGCCAAAAGCAUCGAUUUGAAUUCAAUUCCAUCAUCUAUCUUUAUUCAGAUGCUUAAUAAUUAAUCAGCUGGGCAGCACAAUGCUAACCGGUGGUUUUCAUCUGAAUCUAUUUGUAGCACAUACUGUACUUUAUUAGUACACGGUGUAUUAAACAUCUACACACAGUCUUCACUAGUUCAACUAAAAUGAACUAAAAUCAGUAUGCUGAUAUUUUAACAAGUUAAUCAUUUAGUUUGACAAUUGGCAAAAAUUUAUUUAAAAAAAUCUGCAGAAAUGUUGAUAAAUUAUUUCCAACCUGACUCACACACAUCUGGCAUGACUGUGACGCUGCUUUUUUAAUCAAACCAUGUAUUUGAGGCGUAAGAGCUUUUGCUUUCCAUCAAGUGGUUUCAUGCUUCUAUAUAUUGUCAAGCUAUCCGUGCUUGUAACUACAGUAACUGCGUUGCAUUGCUAUGAAUCUUUCCAAAAUGUGAACGACUUAACAGUUGGAGUCAGCGCCUGGACUUUUCCUGUUUGUCACAAACGGAGCACAGCAGGAGCAGCUGCUGCAAACCUGAUGGUUACUGUGGAGAAACAGUGGCUGCGUCCGAAAUCCCAUACUUCCCUAAUGAGUAGCAAAAACAGUAUGAGAGAUUUUUUAGUGUGUCCGAAACAUUAGUACGUACACAAUAGUAUGGGCUAAGAGAAAGAAGUUGACAUUUUGAAAAAAAAGUCAAAAUUUCGUGAAUAAAGUCAAAAUGUUGAGAAAAAAGUAGAAAUUUCAAGAAAAAUUUGAAAUGUCGAAAAAAAAGUCGAAAAUUUAAGAAAAAAGUCGAAAUGUCGAGAAAAAAGUCGAAAAUUUAAGAAAAAAGUCGAAAUGUCGAGAAAAAAGUUGAAAAGUCGAGAUUAAUGUUGAAAUACAAUUUCGAGAAAAAAGUCGAAAUGUUGAGAAAAAAGGCAAAAUUUUGACUUUAUUCAAGAAAUUUCGACUUUUUUCUCGAAAUUUUAUUUCAACAUUAAUCUCGACAUUUUGACUUUUAUUUUCGACAUUUCGUCUUUUUUCUCAAAGUGCACAAUAAAAAAAAUCUUCCACUCUCAAAUUUCUUUUCUCUCGCCUGGCCCUAAUACUCUUCCGUACAUCUAAGACAAAAAACACAGAAGAGAAAAAUAAGUGAUUUCUAUAAUGCAUUACCUUUUAUUGAUUUUUAUGUUGUCAUAAGAACGAAAGAAGCAUGCAGCGUUCCAAAAAACAUUUUUCAUCAUCGAGCCACAUCGUUCUCACAUUUAUAAACAAAACCUUGUAAAAACUCUUGCCUGGUCACCUUUCGCUCAAUCAGUUUUCACUCUUUCUAUUAUGGCUUUUAUUCCAAUGAAGCUUUAUAGGCUCAGGUUGCUGUCAAUCAAACAGAGAAGCUGCAUGAAAAGCACCAUUGCUAACAUUUCUUGAAAGACCUUUUUAAGUUCCUUUCAUUUUAAUGAUUGUAGUUAAUGUUUACUGCCAAAAACAAUGACCAAAUGCUACUGUAGUGGGACAUAAUUUUUGUAAAAAUCAAAAAUAUUUUUCUCCCUCAACAGGCUCAUGAGAUAUUAAAUAUUAGCUGGAGAAAUUAGCUGGAAAAAUUUCUGUUUACGGUAGUGGUUACACUGACGUAUAUGUUAGCAGUCAAACCAUGUGGUUGUAAAUGUGAGACAGUACCAAGGGAUUUGUCUAUGGAUAAAGUUAAAUAUUAGAGUAACAACCCAUGUCUCUAGUUGGGAAAAAAAAAGUUUUUAACACAGAAGUGAUUAUUGUAAAUCUCAAUCCUGGUCAUAAAAACACUUUGCAUGGCACUGAAUGUACUGUGAUGACUGUCAAAAUCAAAUGUGUGAUUUAGGCAGGUUUUCGAUUGCAGUUUUAAAUAUCAAGCUAAGCAUUUACAAUUCCUUUACCAUUUUAAAUUGUAAUUUUAUUUUCCUUCUGAUUUUGUAUGUAUAUAAAAAAAAAACUAACGUAAUCUCAACUCCUGAAACGCUUAUUAUAUUUCAUCUGUUAUUUGUAUCUCUAAAGCAACAUUAACAUGUACUGUAGAUUGUGUGACAAUCCUUCCAUGAACUUCACAUCAUACCCGACAUAUCUGAAAGAAACUAAUCAUAAAUCUAAAGCCACCUUAAUACUAAUGUCACUACAUGAGUUUAUUUCCCAGUUGCAACAAUGGCCACUUUGCCCACAAUAAACAACAAAGACAGUAAGACUAUUGUGAAAGCUUUUUUUUUUCUCCUCUUAACAUUUGCCUUCUUUUGUCCGUUGCUUUGCAUUUAUGGACUAUUCAUUGUUUGUUGUGUUUUUUGAUGGUAAUUCUGUACUUAACAUGAAUAGAUUCUGAAGAGAUUUUGUUCCCAUCAUGUUUGAAAUGAAACAUGAUUACAUCUGUAAUCUCAAUUUGAAUGAAACAAUAAAACACUGUAAUUGGUAAUAUCUUACUUAUCUUUCACAGUUAUCAGGGACAGGUAAUAUACGUUUGUUUGUUUUGCCUGGUUUUGUUUUUCCUCUUAUUUAUAGCUUAUUUGACAGUAUCACAUUAGAAGCUUCAAAGCUGCAUUAUACAGAAUAAA